AUGAACGACGUCGAGCUCGAUGACCCCGACCUCGCCCACAACGUUCCGGCCUAUGUACUGGAUAGAUUUCGUGAAUGGAGAUACUCCUCUCAUGACAUUCAAAAGGACCCAGGAAAAUUUAUUGGCACUGCUUGGGUCGAUGCUGCCGAGCUGAGAACCUAUCUGAAGACGAACCCUGCUGCUCUCCUGCGUUCUCGAGCAGGGAGUGAAGUUUCCUUCUCAGGCUCUGCGCCUCCUUCUCGUUCAGUGUCACGCAUGAGUUCCGUUUCAGUCAAGAUGGAGCCCGGUGAGGCGCCCGCUGUGAAGUCUGAGCCAACCGAUGACGAGGUGUUACUCUAUGGGGAUGUGGGAGCCCGACGCCAGCGCCGUUCGAGCGCCUCAUCGAGCGCUGCUUCACGCUGGUCAUCAUUCAUCGCUCCGGAUGGUACAGAGGGUCUGGAGCUUCUCGAUAGCGACGACGAGGUCGCUUCUAUACUUGGGACCGUGCCAGGAAACUCUAGUCGUUCAUCAUCUCGCUCGUACACCCCCACCUCUACCUCCUCUUCUCUUGACGGCCAUGACACUCCCUGCGCGCCUGAUGACAAUACUCCCAGCGGCUCCUUGGUUACCGACAUCGCAGCAACAGUUUGGCACGACGAAAGCGUACAAUCUGUCCCCGAACUCGGCUCCCCAACCUUCUUUAUCACUCGACAAUGCAGAGUCAAGGUCCUUGAGACCGUCCACGGCCUUCCUCACUACUACCCAAUCCCUCGUGUCUCUACCGGCUAUGUCCUAGAUCUCCGCGACCCCCAAUACGACUUCAGUGAUCUCGUUGCUGGCAAGCGUCCGCCGCCGGAUCGAGCGGACUCCAUUAUUUUGAACCGGGACCAAGAUUCAUGGGCCUCGCAUGGUGCAGGAAAGAACUGUACAACAGCAGAUAUACCAGGUGAACGGUUCGGUUUGGCCCAAGGACUCGUAAAGUGUCGACGUGUUCGCAUGGAGUGCAAGGGCACUCAGCACUGCGAAGACGCCGACCUAUCCAUCAUCAGCGGCGAGCGUUUCGAGCUUGAGCCCGAGAAGCGAGCCGCUCUUUUUGAUGCACAAACGCGCAUUCGUAUCCAGGAGGGAAUGGAUGCCAAUCAACGUGUAGCAACGUUUUGGCGCUCCAUACAGACCCGCCCUUGCCCGUUUCCCAAAUGUGGCGGAGGCCUCUCACAGGCUCGAUACCAAAACGGUGCGAAGAACGGCAAGACCUACUUCAUCGGUUGUACGGGGUUCAGGCGAGGCGAGACCAAUCCUGGUCAUCGUUACAUUGCAAUACCCACGGACGUUGACGAACAUCGUCUGUCUCGCAUCAUCGCUGGCCAGCCGCUCCCACCACCAGAGGACUCCGAUUCGACUUCACCGAUCAUUGUUAAGCGUGCUAGCUGUUCGUUCAUGGUACAUGGCCGUAUUGGACGCAGGGCUAUUAAAUGCAAGUUUACGCAUAUUGUCGACGGUGUGCCAACAACCAUGAAGACCGUCACACGAGCCUGCCCAGCAUCUCGAACCAUCUUCGUUCCCAUGGACGCCUCUCUCCAACGCCUAGCCAUCGUGGUUCCCGACCACACAAGCCCACACAACCAUCCGAUGCCACCGUUCACCAAGGUCGAUGCGGAUGGUAAGUUAGUGUUCCAGAAGGUAUCUCAGGUCUUCGGAGUAGUUGGUGCAACGGUCAAUAAGAUCGGCAAGGCCGCGUCAACACAGGUGGUGCUCGGAGGCAAGACACUGACGGCGUACAACCCAGCCUUCCUUCAGAGUCGUGCGAAGAAUGAUAUUCUCCGUGGACUCAAGGCUGUCGAGCUUCCGUCACGCCGGGAUAUCAUCGGUGUCAUGGAGUGGCAAAUCAAGCAAAAUUCGGGUCCCGAAGAUGAGCGCUAUAUACGAACCGUCGUGACGUCCAAUGGUAUCAAUAUGGUCGUUACCGGCCUUCGCUCCCUUUUUGACCUCAUCCACGAUGCUACCACCAUCGAGGUCGAUGUCACUUUCAAACGUGUAGCAGGAGGUAUGAAUGAGUUUGAAGUGACAUUGUGGUCGCCCAUUCAUAAUCGUUUGGUUACUGUGGGCCGCAUUUAUUGUGAUUAUGCUACGCGUGCGGCCUACAAGCGCAUAUGGGAGGAAAUCCAGAAUGUCGUGGUUAAGCUCACUGGUCGCCGUUUUGGUCCAAAAGCUUUGAUGCCUGAUGGGAAGUUAUUGAGUAUUGGAUGUGACAUGGAGAUCGCUCAGGCCCUCGGGUGUGGUGACGCCUUUCUUCCUCUGAACGAUCCAGCCCAUAGCGGUGUAAAUACAGACGAUCCGAAGAUACUCAUCCAGUAUUUCAUCAAGAUAUGUCUCACCCACUUUAAACGCGGUAUCAUGAGCCUCCGGCACGAUCUCUCCAAAGAGGACUACACAUAUGUCUCUAAUCUACCUUCAAUCGAGAAAGACGAUGACUUCGAGAGGUAUAAAUUAUUCUGUAUUAAUCAUAGCUCUCAAAAACUCCGUGGUAUGCCUAUUCCAAGUCCCUAUUGGUUCAAGCAUAAGACCGACAACUCGUGGAUUCUCCCUUGCGCUAUGCGGUCCCGGACGAAGAUCGCUCUGAAUGCAUGGGAUAGCACACCCAAUACAACUAACGGCAAUGAAUCACAGCAUGCUUGGACGAAUCAGCAGACGGGGACAGGGAUGUCACUAUUGGAGGCUAUCAUGUCAGCACAAAAGGUUGACAGCCAGGUUGCUGCUGAGCUUGCAGCGGUUCGUCAACAUGGUGGUGUAUUCAAGAACAAACACAAUGAGUACAGUGAUCGUAUGGGUAAGCGCAUCACACGUAACCAGAACACCGCUCGGAAAGCUAUGGCAGCUGCGGGUGAAUCUCGAGAGGUCGCUGCACUCACAGACCAGUACGAGCAAGCAAAGGCAAGUAGAAGGUUGGAGUCUGAACGUGAGAAGGCGUUGAAGGCGGAGCUCGAUGCGAAGAAGGGGAAGGCCAGCCGUACGCGUGUAAGACGAAUAGAGGUGACGGAAGGAGAGGCCAGCUCAAGUAGCGGGCGUGCCCCGAAGAGUCAGACGUCGCGGGGCAAUGCUCGAGUGCACCCAUAUCUCUCACUUGAAGCUGAAGCAACAGCUGUCGUGGCGGCACCGGAAGCCAAUAUGCACGACUCGGAAUCGGACAUGAUGAUGAACCAGGAGCUAUAUCUCCCUACCCAAAACGACUACGAUCCCCCCUACGACAACAUGUACGACGAUAUGCUCGUAAACCCGUACGCCACGAUACCCGCCAACCGCGAUCCCGAGAGCAUGUUCGAGGAUGAGACUGCAGAACUCCUCCGCAAUCGGCCAGCUGCCAACAUACCAGCCCCCGCAUAUGAAAACAAUGGGGAGCUGUUUUCCUUUUUGGCAAACAACCCGUUCGCGUACGAGUUGACUCCCGAGGGUGAGUUCAGAUUUACGGGUGGCGAGGGCGAGUUCAGAUUCCCGGGUGGCGUUCAGUGA